AUGAGCAUGGAAGACCACGACCAGCAGCGGCUGUCCGCUCUGGAGACCAGCAUAACGAAUAUCGAAGCCGUGCUCACCCGGCUCAUCACCCAACAACAACAACCGCCCCCUGCCCCUGCCCCUGCUCCAGCUCCGGCAGCGGGUCCAGGUGUUUCUGCUGGCGCUAACUCUGCGCGCCCUCUCAUCCGUCCAAACCCCCCUUUCGUCUUUGAUGGGGAUCGCACCCUGGGCAAGAGCUUCUUGCACUCCGUGAAGCAGUACUGGCAGCUGCUUCCUGAGGCGUUCUUCGAGAACGGGGUAGUCUCGGAGGAAAAGGUAGUCCGUUUUGCCCUGUCCUACAUGUCCAAGGACUCUGCGGCUUCCUGGUCCGAGCGCAUGUCUGAGCGCACCCCGUUCCCCUUCCCCACUUGGACUCUCUUUGUCACCAAGUUCAAGCUCCGAUUCGUUGAGGAGAACGAGCAAGACCACGCCCUGGCGUGA